CGCACAUGACGUUGAUGACGUAUUCGGCGGUGACGGGGUGGGCGGGCAGCAGGUGCUUGCUGUGCGUACACCGGGUGUCACCGGCACCCAGCUUUCAGCUUUGGGGCGGAGGAUGGAGGCGGAGGCGCAGGCACAUAGGCCGAUUAAAGGCAUCCUGAAGAACAGAGGCUCGGAGGCCUCUGAUAUUUGUGUGGUCUCUAAGGCCGAGCUGGCGGAGGACAGAGAUGAUGACCAAAGUAAAAAGUCCCAGAAGUGGGAUGAAAUGAACAUUCUCGCUACGUAUCAUCCUUCUGAUAAAGACUAUGGAUUAAUGAAAAUAGAUGAACCUAGUACGCCUUAUCACAGGAUGAUCGGAGAUGAUGAUGAUGAUGAGGGAGCCAUGAGUGAUUCAGAAUCCAAUGAAGCUCUCACUGCAGAUGUAUUGGCUCAAAAGUUAGAAGCAGCAGAAGGAAAGGAUCCUAAAUUCUUAACUCAAGAAGAGAGUAGUGAAGAGGAAGAUGAGGAGCUGACACCAGAGGAGAGAGAAAAGAAAAAAGAAUUUGAAAUGAAAAGAAAAUUCCAUUACAAUGAGGCCAUGAAUAUCAAGCUGGCCAGGCAGUUAAUAGCAAAAGAGCUGGCUGGGGAAGAUGAAGAUGAAGAGGAUGAGGAGAUGCAAGAUAUAACAGACACAGAAGGUCACCCUGACCACCUGCAGAGUAAUGAACAAGUUCUACAGAGGCGACAGUAAUUGCACCGCUUGCUAAAGGUCUAUUUAUUGCCAUAACACUGCACACGCACUGAACUCAAGACCUAUGGACUAAAAUGAGACGCAUACGUACAAGGAUGCCUUUCUAUUGCCAAUGUUAUAUCAUGAGGAUCCUUAACUUAUAAGCCAAUGCUGAUUAAUGAUUUACAAGCUUGUCUGGCACAUUUUGUUUCCAAAGCUGGCAGAGCAGAAAUGCGGAUAUUGGUUUACACACAGAGUUAAUUACAUGCCAUGUGUUUGUCAUUUGAAGACCUGUAUAUGGCUUCUGCAUGUUAGCACUUUGGUUGAAGAUUUUGAAAAGUUGCAGUUUCAUGUAUUAUGUGACCUAAUCUGUAAGGAAAAAAAUAGCAAUUGGGCACGGAAUAGUCUCUCCAUUUUUAUAGUCUUCAAAAACGGAUAUUCUGAUCGGCUGGUUUUAGAUCUUGCCUGAUGGCUCAGUAGCCGACAAUCAUGUGGCCAUUGCUGCAAAUAUCUAUAUUUUAGUUUUUAAGUAGAUUCUUGCAGUUUUGCAUUCCUUCUAUCACAGUGGUGUUCUUGGGUAUCGAUGGGCCAGAAUUCUUCCAGCAAGUCUUUGUAACAACAGUAUUUCCUGUAACAGCUGCUGCAGAGGUGGCAUAUCGGAAGACCUCGAUGUGGGGAUGUACACAGUAUAAUCCGUGGAAACGUUUCAGAGACUCCAUGUCGUUGACUGCUCAUGUAUUUUUUGGUUUUCACAGUCCAUAACUGUUGUAGAAAAUAAACCAUCCGAAAGCUGUACAGUAUAUUAUUACAAUGCCUUUAUCCAGUUAUCUUUUGAAAAAUGUACUAUCUAAGAUGAGCAAGAAGUGAGUUAACAAGUUGCAAUGAUUACCUUCAAAUUGUGUAUUGAGUGACAAUAUAUGUGAAGUGUAUCCUGAAAUAAAUAAUUCGGGCAUUAGGGUAAA